GUCUGGCUUUGUUUAGCUUUUUUCCUGACAUUAACUGGUAACUUUUCUGGAUUCUUUCCCUCUAAGCAAAACAUUCCAGAAACCCUGUGAGUUCUUGGCAUCUGAUAUAGCCUCAACACUCUGCCUCUCUCUCUCGCUCUCUUUCUGUAUCUUUCUUCCUCCCUCACUUUCCUCCAUUCUCUCUCAAUGUCUCUCUCUCUCAUUUUCUCUCUCGUUCACACGCAAAUAUCUACUUGAAACAGCAAAUAAAACUGGUAUGACGCACCUAAUGUUUCCUUCAUCUUUUUCAUCUGGGAUUCUUUAGAAAGAAUACCACCACACCACCAAGGCAUAAAAGCAGCCACAAAAACCAAGAGCAGCAAAAUUGCAGUUCUCUCUUUAUGUCUGGCACAUGGACACUCUUUUCGUCGGCAUUAUGACAAAGUUCAUUGUUGUUGCGUUCUUGUUACUCCACACAUCGGCUUCCUCUUCGUCCUCCUCUUCCUCUUCUCCUAGAGCAGCAGGCAUGUUGAAACAACUGUUUCAAUACAUAGAUGACCACCAAAAUCAGUUUGUUCAGAGGCUGAGGGAGUGGGUUACUGUUCAGAGUAACUCAGGAGAUCACACAAAAUGGGGAGAAGUUGAAAGGAUCCUGAACAUGACAGCAGUGAGGAUCCAAGAGAUGGGAGGCACAGUGGACUUUGCAGAUAUAGGCACUCAACAGCUGCCCAGUGGGGAGACUGUGCCACUUCCACCGGUGAUACUGGCUGAGUUUGAGAGGGACCCAAAGAAAGCUACUCUCUGUAUCUACGGCCAUGUGGAUGUCCAGCCAGCCAAGAUGGCGGAUGGCUGGACCACUGACCCCUUCAAUCUAACAGAAAUCAAAGGUAACCUGUAUGGGCGAGGGGCCACGGACAACAAAGGGCCGGUCCUGGCCUGGCUUCAUGCUGUGGAGUCCUACCAGGCCACAGAGAAGGAGAUACCAGUGAAUAUAAAACUCAUCAUUGAGGGUCUGGAGGAGGUGGGCUCAUACGGUCUGUUGGAGUUGACCAGGAAGAGAAACGACAGCUUCUUUGCAGAUGUGGACUUCAUAGUGAUCUCUGACAACGUGUGGGCGACCAGAAACCCAGCCCUGACCUAUGGAACCAGAGGGAGCAGCUAUUUCUUUGUGGAGGUUGAUGGCCCUAAACUGGACUUCCAUUCUGGAGUGUAUGGGGGUUCUAUCCAGGAGCCCAUGUCAGAUCUGAUAGCCUUACUGGGAAGUCUGUUGGACCACACAGGUAAGAUCCUGGUUCCUGGGGUCACUGAUGAUGUCGCUCCCCUCACUGAGGAUGAGAGGAAGCUCUAUGACAACAUCAGCUUUGACCUGGAGGAGAUGAAGAGUGUGGCUGGGGUCAAACACUUCCUACAGGACACUAAGGAGGAAGUCCUCAUGGCUCGAUGGCGUAACCCAUCCUUGUCCAUCCACGGGAUCCAGGGGGCCUUCUCAGAACCAGGCACCAAAACUGUCAUCCCCAAACAGGUCACAGGGAAGUUCUCCAUCCGACAGGUCCCCAACAUGGACCCUCCAGAUGUGGAGAGGAAGGUGAAGGAGCACCUUCUGCAGGUCUUCUCCACUCUAAAAAGCCCUAACAGGCUGAGGGUGACCGCAACUGUUGGGGCUAAACCAUGGGUGGCUAACCUGAAGGACCCACAGUACGUUGCCGGACAAAGGGCAGUCAGAGAGGUGUUUGGAGUGGAACCAGAGCUGAUCCGUGAGGGCUCCACCAUCCCCAUCGCUCAGAACUUCCAAGAGGAGACAGGCAAGAGUGUGAUGAUGCUGCCUAUAGGAGGCCAUGAUGAUGGAGAGCACUCUCAGAACGAGAAGAUCAGCAGGUACAACUACAUUGAGGGGACGAAGCUGUUUGCUGCUUAUAUGUAUGAGCUUUCACUAGUAAAGUAGGUGCAGGAUAUAUUUCCAUCCAAGCUGUGACCAUGAUAAAUAUGCUGUAGGUGACAGCAUUGUGCUACUUGAGUGCCCGGGUUUCCGUCAAUAAUGUCUGAUUCCAUGCUGUGACUCCACUCUCCCAGGGUGUCUCAGGGGGAGUGGGAUAUGCAAACAACACAUGUCCAUUUCACUACACAAUGGAUAGGUUACACAGUUGUACUUGUGUGUAACAGGAAAUAUAUAACCAACACAUGUCCAUUUCACUACACAAUGGAUAGGUUACACAGUUGUACUUGUGUGUAACAGGACAAAUAUAACCAUUCGACCUUUGAACAGGUAUUAUUACAUAGCCUGAAUGAGGGUUAUUGCAUAAGUACAACCUUUUAGCCCCCUCUAGAAUAACUAUUUCUACUAUUUGUAUUUUUUGCAUGUAUUCUACUGUGGAUGAACUAAUAAAGGGGGCAAAGACAAAUGGUG